UUGGAUCCUUCCUGUUCUAUUUUUCUCGACGAAAUGGUAGACAAAACGUGCUUUUUAUCGCCCGUGGUCUUGAUUCUGCUGUCGCUAGCAUGCCCUCAGUUAGUAUGGCUGACGGAGUUUCCCUUCCAGAAUGCUACCCUGCCUUGGGAAGAACGACUGAAUGAUCUAGUCUCUCGGCUGGAACUCGAAGACAUCAUCCUUCAACUGGCCCGCGGUGGAGCCGGCCCCAACGGCCCAGCGCCCCCGAUUCCCCGCCUGGGCAUCGGCCCGUACAACUGGAACACGGAGUGCCUGCACGGAGAUGCUGAGGCCGGGAAUGCUUCCACGUGGCCCCAGGUUAUAGGAGUGGCCGCAUCCUUCGCUGCUGAUUUGGCAAAGAGUGUAGCUAGUGCCACAAGUGAGGAAGUUCGAGCAAAGUACAACAACUUCACCCGGCACGGCAUUCGUCGGGAUCACUGUGGGCUGACAUGCUUCAGCCCCGUGGCAAACAUCAUGAGGCAUCCGCUGUGGGGAAGAAAUCAGGAAACAUUCGGUGAGGACCCGUUCAUGACGGGGGAGAUGGUCAGCUCCUACGUCAACGGCUUACAAGGGCUCGAUGGACCCGUCGCACGAUACCUUCGGACCGGUGCAGGCUGCAAAGACUUCGCUGUCUUCAGCGGGCCAGAAGACUACCCUGCCUCAAAAUACACCUUCAAUUCUGGGGCAACGGAGCGGGAUUUGUAUAUGACAUACCUGCCAGCCUUUCAUGAAUGUAUCAAGGCUGGGGCGUACAGCGUCAUGUGCGGCUAUAACAAAAUUGACAGCGUUCCCGCCUGUCUCAACCAGAGAUUCCUCAAGGACAUCCUCCGCACAGAGUUCGGCUUCAAGGGGUACGUGGUGAGCGAGAAGAGCGCCCUGGAAUAUGCCUUCCUGAAGGACAACUACACCCAGACGGCGCUGGAGACGGCGGUGGCUGCUGUGAAGGCCGGAUGCAACUUGGAACAGUCCGACACGCCCCACAACAUCUACACUAACCUCACCGCGGCCGUCCAGAUGAAACUAGUGACGGUCGACGAGCUCCGGGAACUGGUCAGGCCGCUAUUUUACACCAGGCUGAGACUCGGGGAAUUCGAUCCGCCGUCGAUGAAUCCCUGGGGCCGGUUCAACGCCUCGGAGGUCGUGGAAUCGCUUCAACACCAGAAUUUCGCUCUAGAGGGAGCCCUACAGACUUUUGUUAUGUUGAAGAAUGAGAACAACACGCUACCUGUUGGUGGAGUUCCAAUAAUUGCAAUAGUUGGACCGUUUGCCGAUUCCCCACAAGAGAUUCUAGGAAGUUUCGCCCCACAGACCGACCCCAAAUUUAUCAGCACGCCUUGGGGCGGCCUGGGCGGUCUUGGCAAGGUUCGGCGACUCGCUCCCGGCUGUAACAAUCCGGUAUGCGAUCAGUACAACCAAACGGCUAUCAUGGAGGCGGUGACGGGAGCCGAUCUGGUGAUUGUGUGUCUAGGAACAGGAACUCAGAUUGAGAAUGUGGGCUUAGACAGACGAAACAUGUCUCUACCCGGCCACCAGCUGUUGCUCCUCCAGCAGGCUGUCAAGUAUGCCUUGGGGAAGCCAUUGGUUCUACUCCUGUUCAGCGGUGGUCCCUUGGAUAUCGGCUGGGCUGACAGUAACCCUGGUGUCCACACCAUCCUGCAAUGCUUCUUUCCCGGUCAGGCAACGGGUGGGGCUCUCAAGAACCUCUUCACCAACAGCCAGUUUCCCGUAGCAGCUGGUCCUUCAGGAAAGCUUCCGUUCACGUGGCCAGCUUCCAUGGAUCAGGUGCCGCCAAUAACCAACUAUAACAUGACUGGUCGGACUUACCGCUAUUUCACUGGCGAUCCCCUCUAUCCUUUUGGUUAUGGUCUCUCAUUCACUUCAAUCAAGUACAUCAACGUGAGUGUCGGCAAUACUACUAUCAACCCUUGUGAUGAUCUGAUGGUGUAUGUUGCACUCGUAAACACUGGGACAGUCUAUGCAUAUGAGUCGGUUCAAGUCUACAUAAAAUGGCAUAACGCAUCUGUGCCCGCGCCCAAUAUCCAGCUGGCAGCCUUUACCCGCUUGAGGACGACAAUGGACAACCCAGUGACCGUUUACCUAAGAAUGCCGGCCCGCGUGAGGGCGGUCUUCACAGACCAGUUAGUGCUUGAGCCCGGCAUGUUUACGGUGUACGGUGGCGGUCAGCAACCCAACCAAAAAAGACAAGCGCCCUCCAACGUGGUCAAUACGACUUUUACCGUGCAAGGCCCUGUCACACCACUUUCAAAGUGUCCCUGAGAAGAGACCAAAGUCUUACUGAAUGGCUGUUCUUAAUUAAAAAGAUAUACAUCGAAUUGGACACAUUUCUGUGCAGUAGCAACAGUUUUGCUGAAGUCUGACAUUAUGCGAUGGAAAGUAACAUCACGGAAACAUACCUUUAUGCUUUGUAGUGUACAGAAAAUACUCCGUUACAGUAUUAAAGGGUUUAUGCUUAAGCUUAGCAAUGAGUUUUCCAUAAUUUGACAACAGCAUACCAAAGGAGCGUACCACACUCGUGGCCUACUUCUUUUGUGCUAUAUUCGUGUAAGAUAUCUUUGUCUUCAAUUUUGCUCAAUUUUUGGUUGCAAAAUCUUUUCGUGUUGCUUAUCAAUGAUGUUUAAAAGAAACACGUAAAGAAUUUUUCCCGUA